UAAACACGGGCCACACGGCAGCAAUGGCUACAGUUUACAGGAGAGCAGGACACGCGUGGUAACGUCCCUUUAUGUGAGACAAUCUAUAAAGGAAAAUUUCAUAUGAAAGCCUGGCAUGUGACCGCUACACGCGUGACCUCUUCCCGCGGGGAACCCAAAUACAUUCACGAGCGCCUCCGAGGAAGGCGGUCGUUUCGAGAGGAAAAAUGGCGGCGGCCGUAACAGGAGCGGCAGAGCGAGCAGAGAGUGAAAUAACAACAUGUUCCCCACAGCCUGCGUGUACGGCAGCGCCACACCGCGAAGCUUUAUCCGCGGAGGACUUCCUGGAGGACCGGGACACCGAGCUGAUGUGCCCGAGGACCGUCGGGGAGCUGAUGGAACAUCUGACCGAGCAGAACAACACGCUGAAGGAGCAGGUCCUGACCGUGUCCAGUUUGCCUCCUAAAGUCUCAGCAGCUCUGUCUGCUGUCGAGGACGCCAGGUGUUCUCUGGAGGCGCUGCUGCAGAGGGAACAGCUUACCUUCAACAUGCUGCACAAGCACCUACAGGAUGCCCAGCCCUGGAUGGAUAAACUCGAACAAACGUGUAACCAAGUUGACUUUAUAGAGAGACACAUGAAAUACCUCAGAUGCCUUCAACACAUAGAGGAGCUCAGUGCUACGGUUCAGCAGUGUCUGAUGACCAGCAGUGCCUGGGAAGCCAUAAGGGCAGUGGAUAGCAUGGCGGCUCUGGAUUAUGGACUGAACCAGUCUAGAUGUUCUCAUCUCCAGAACUUCCUCCAAGCAACUCUUAGCUUCUGGCACAAAAUCAUGAAGGACCGUCUGACCAGUGAUUUUGAGAAGCUGCUGACUCAGCUUCACUGGCCGAUUGUCUCUCCUCCCACUCAGUCACUGACACCAACGCCCAGCUGUCAGGAGACCGAAGGCCAGCUGGAGCUGCUGGUCGGGCAGCUGCUCGCCCUGCAGACCUCGCCAGAGUGGUACCUCACACAGGUUCUCAUGUGGAUGGGGAAUAACUCCGCCUUCAUGGAGGAAACGAUCCAGCCGGUGUUGGACCGAGGACGGACAACUCUGAGUGCCAAGGUGGAGUUGUGUCGAGGCCUGUUGUCUCUAGUCCAAGAGAAAGUGGCCAGCGAUGCUUCGAAGCUGCUGUAUGAUGAUGUGCUCUUCUGUCACUUGGUGGAGGAGGUGCUGCAAUUUGAGAAGGAGCUGAGAAGCAACCAUUCCUACCCAGCAGAGCUGCCUGGUGUGCUUCACCUCCUCCUCGAGGAUGCAGUCCUUCAGAAGUGGCUCACUAUGGAGAAGAAGAUGGCAGUGGAAAAGAUGGAUGCCAUGCUCUCGGCUGAAAGAGCCUGGAGCUCUCAGUAUAAAGACAUCAGUGAUAUGGAUGAUCUGAAGGCUCCAGACUGUGCAGAGACGUUCAUGACUCUGCUGCAGGUUAUUACAGAGCGGUACCGGACUUUACCUUGUCCUUCUGCACAACUGAAAUUUUUGGAGCUGCAGAAAGAGCUCGUGGAUGACUUUCGUAUACGACUCACUCAGGUGAUGAAGGAGGAGUCUCGCUGCCCACUGGGUGUCCGUUAUUGUGCCAUCCUCAAUGCCGUCAACUACAUUUCCACCAUCCUGGGAGACUGGGGAAACGAUGUGUUUUUCCUGCAGUUGCAGCAGACGGCGGUCUCCCUCGGGGAAGAAGCUGUCCCCGGAGGCCUGGGCAUCAUGGAGAUGGGUCGUCUGGCUUCUCUCGAGGGCUCUCUGUUCGACGGUCUCCUAGCAUUGCUGGAUCGUUUAAAAGGAGAUAUGCUGGGAAGACUGCUGGAUUUUCUCAUGAGAGAAAUAAAAGAAAAAGCCAAACCAUAUUGCCAAGAAAGGUGGUUGUCCCUGCCGUCACAACAAGACCAGUCCACCAUGUCCCUGUCCAGCACAGCAUGUCCCAUGAUGCUGUGCGUUAGGGACAGACUGUUGAACCUUCAUCAGGUGCUCGGCUUUUCUCUGUUUCACCUGGCCUGGCAGGGCCUGGCGGAAAGACUCGACAACUUUCUCUACCAAGACGUAAGCAGUCAGUGCUCACUGAACCCACCUCACUGUUAUUGUUCUUACUCUGUGUCAGAGCAGUCGGACAUGACCAGAGACUGUGCAGGUACGGGAGAUCCUCCACCAGAGUCGGCGCUGAACGAGCUCGGCGUUUUCUGUUUGGCACCGUGUGACGUGUUGAUUCUCCUCUCUCUGAGAACCUCGUGGUUCCCCUCCUGAUCAGCACAGUUUACUCUUUCUUUGGUCGUUAGCAUUUAUGUUCCUCGUAGCUUUCAGAGUUGGUCACAUGAUGUUCAGUAAGUUCAUUAUUCGUUUCAUGUUUUCUUUCAUGGGGGAUUUAAUGGUUAUGAGAUGACCAAAGUACACAACAACUGUAUAAAUAAACCCAAGUUGUGUAAAACAGUUC